AUGUCAGCAAUUGUCCUUCUAUUUACAAGUAGAGCGAGAACUGAUUCUGAAGAAUAUAUUUAUCCAAACAUUGAUAAAGUGAACCUGACCAUUGAGGGUGUGCCUAAUGCAGUUUUCUCCCAAGGACUUCACAAAAAUAGGUUCUUCGAAGAGGCAAAAAGAUUUUUCUGCCCUAUGUGUGAGAAAUCCAUGGCAGAUGAAUUUAUGUUCAUCAGCAAGUUCUUCACCAGUGGUUUCGCUCUAGUAAUCGAUCUUAGGUCAACACAAGAUGAUACCACAGGAGGAGGCAAAAAGAUUGUUAACACACAGUCGGGAGUACUCCUGGAAAUCAAGAAGAGAGCCACAACAGCUGACGUUCAGUGCAACAUUUUUGUUGUAUCAGAUGCCCUCCUUAACUUUGCCAAUAGAGAUUUAUCAAGUAUUCAAUACUAA